AUGGGUGGACCUCCAAGCGCAAAGACUUAUAUGGGAUGGUGGGGUCAUAUGGGCUCUCCAGCUCAAAAGGGUAUUACCUCGUAUGCCGUCUCUCCAUAUGCUCAAAAACCUUUGGCCGGUGCUGCACAUAAUGCUGUCUUCAACCUGUUUAGACGUUUCAAGAGCCAAGUUUUAUAUCUCGCCAUCCCGGCCGGUAUCUACUGGGCGUGGUGGGUUAACUCUAGAGACUACAAUGAGUAUCUGUACACCAAAGCUGGUAGAGAAGAGUUAGAAAGAGUUAACGUUUAG